CAGCAAACUGUUGUGCGCCAGUUGCCAUGUUUGCGUUGCAUAAACAUUUGCGUUAUUACUUUGGCAAUCGUUAUUAUAUGUAUUAUCGACAAUGCUCGCAAAAAGCGAAAACGGGCAUAAUGCUACUAAAUAUGGGUGGACCGGAAACUACAAAGGAAGUACAGAAUUUUUUAACACGUCUAUUCUCUGACAAAGAAAUUAUCCGUAUGCCGUUCCAAGAGUAUUUAAGAAUAUUUCGUUACAAUCUAGUCUUCUAGCUCGUUUUGUAGCAUGGAAAAGGUCACCUAAGAUCGAGGAACAGUAUUCUCGAAUCGGUGGUGGGUCUCCAAUUCUCUAUUGGACCAGAGUACAAGGUGAAAUGAUGGUAAAACACUUAGACGCUAUUAGCCCAGAAACAGGUAGAGCGAAGUUCACAAAUUUUUACGGUCUCUUUGACUAGCUCCUCAUAGAUUCUACGUUGCAUUUCGUUAUGUCCAUCCUCUUGUGGAAUCUUGUGUUAAUGAAAUGGAAAGGUAUUUUUAUUCGACUUAUUUUACUCCACUGUAGAGACGGUGUAGAGCGUGUUGUUGCUUUUAGUCAGUAUCCACAGUACAGCUGUGCUACUUCGGGAAGCAGUUUAAAUGCCAUUGUUCGUCAUUACGAAAGUGAAGAAAAAACUUUCAAUGGUGUUGAAAGUAUUGAGCUUCCUUCUGUACAGAACAAAAGCCCUGGACCAAUCUGGUCCUUUAUUGACAGAUGGCCUGUUUUCCCCCCGUUGGUUAACAGUUUUGCCAAUAAAAUUCUUGGCGAGCUCCAGAGUAUUAAUGAUGAAACAGAGCGUGCGAAUACCGUCCUAAUUUUCAGUGCACAUUCGGUUCCACUAUCUGUCGUCAAUCGUGGUGAUCCUUAUCCUCAGGAAGUAGGUGCCACUGUUCACGCAAUCAUGAAACAACUCAAUUUCUCAUGGCCUUAUCGUCUUACUUGGCAGUCUAAAGUUGGUCCAGCUGCUUGGUUAGGUCCAUCAACAGUAGACACCCUAUAUGGGUUGAGUCGUUUGGGAUAUCGACACGCACUAUUAAUUCCUGUUGCAUUCACUCUAGAUCAUAUUGAAACCCUGUAUGAAAUGGACAUAGAAUAUUGCUCUGAAAUAGCAGCUAAAGCCGGUAUGGUUUCUGUACGCAGAUCACAAUCACUGAAUGGUGACCCUGCGUUCAGUCAAGGCCUAGCCGAAUUAGUCCUAGAUCACCUUCGUCGGGGUGAUCCAUGCUCGAAACAGUUCAUGCUUCGCUGUCCGAUGUGUACUAACCCAUCUUGUGAACGUACCAGAAAGUUCAUUAUGGCCCAAAAAGAACGAGUACAUGGAUGGACAACUCUGCACUUGCCGAACAGUGAGCGUAUAACAUAAUGGAUGAUAAAUUUGAUGUAUUUAAUUGAUGAUGAAUUCCACGAAUUAUUGAUGGUUGUUCAUCGAAUUUCUGUAAAAUAAUAUUAUUAAUAUUUGUACGAUUUGGUGAUAAAUCAGAUGAACUUGAUGACCAAUGAUUUGGUGAUUCACUUUCAUCGGAACCCAUUAUAUUUGAAUUGGUUAUAAUAUGAUUAGUAUGAGUAUUAUUAUUAUUGUUAUUAUUAAAAUUAUAAUCAAUUUUCAAUAAUGAAUCCUUGAAUAUUUCAACUUGAACAUCAUUACUACUAUUAUUAUUGUUUGUGUUAUUAGUAAAUGAUUCAAAAUUGUCUGGCUUAUUUAAUGUUUGAUGAGUUUUAAUAGAAUUUAAUACUGUGUUAUCAAUAUAGUCAUUAUUAUU